AUGGGAGUUCCAAGACUAUUCAAAUGGCUAUCCGAGAGAUAUCCAUGCAUUGUUACCUCGUUAACCGAGGCUACUAUUCCAACAGUUGAUAAUCUCUAUCUUGACAUGAACGGAAUCAUCCACAAUUGUACUCACAAGGAUGAUGAGAUUAAAUCCCAACUCACCGAGAAAGAAAUGAUACUCAAGAUUUUCCGUUAUAUUGACCAACUUUUUCAGCUGAUUAAACCUUCCAAGUAUUUCUUCUUAGCAUUGGAUGGAGUGGCACCUAGAGCCAAAAUGAAUCAACAACGAUCGAGACGUUUCAGAAAAGUACACGAUGAACAACAGUUACGUAAAAAGUUGGAGCAGAAGGGUGAAGUUGUGGCUCCGAAGGAUGAUGUGUUUGACUCCAACUGUAUCACUCCUGGUACUGAGUUCAUGGCUAAAUUGAGUGAACAUUUGAAAUACAUGGUUCACAGCAAGAUGAAGACAGAUAUUAGAUGGCAAAAGUGUAAAGUAAUAUUAUCUGGUCAUGAAGUGCCAGGUGAAGGUGAACACAAAAUUAUGAACUUUAUUAGAGGAAGAAAAAUGCAAGAUGAUUAUUUGCCCAACGAAAGACACUGUUUGUAUGGUUUGGAUGCUGAUUUAAUUUGUCUAGGUCUCGUCACUCACGAACCUCACUUUAUGCUUCUUCGUGAGGAUGUAUUCGAACAAUACAGACAGAAAGAUUCAAAGGAAAAGAAUAAGCCCUUCGCUGAAAAAUUCCACUUGUUGCAUUUGUAUGCAUUACGACAAUAUUUAGACUUUGAAUUUAGGGAAGCCCUAACUGGUCAAAACUUACCGUUCCCAUAUGACUUGGAACGUAUAGUAGAUGACUUUGUAUUUUUCAUCUUUUUCACGGGUAACGAUUUCCUUCCUCACAUGCCAACUCUCGAUAUCAAAGAAGGAAGUAUCAAUAUCAUGAUUGAGAUUUACAAAAAAGUUUUACCAAAAUUAACUGGAUAUUUAACUGAGCUAGGAGAGGUUCAUUUGGAUCGUGUUGAACAAUUUGUGAAAUCUCUCGCUGAGCAAGAAGCAUCCAUGAUGCAACAACGAUUUCUCAAUCGAAUGAGGGAAAACAGAAAGGCAAGAAAAAGAAGAACCAAAUUGGUUACCAUGGAUUCUGAAGGUUUUAUUGGUAUCAACUCCCUAAUGGCCCCUGAAAUUCCACAAGUAAGCGACUCGAGCACAGAAGCAACACCUGCUGAACCACAACCUGUUAUUGUCGAUUCUAUGAAUACAGUGACAAGUAGUGCCAGCGCUGUCAUUGAUUCAUUUGAAAAUGAAUUCUCGCCAAAUUCCUUAAAGACUAAACUCAAACAACAAGAAGAACUCUUUGCUACUGAUGGCGAUGAAGUUGAACAAGAUAUGGGUCUCGUUGUUGGAGUAUCAAAUUUGAUGGACUUUAAUGCACCAACAUCUGGCACUUACGGUAUUGAUGAACCUCUUGAAGAUGAGGAUGAUGAAGCUCCUAUCGAAGUUGAAGAAGUGAACGAUCUUUUGUUGAAAUCAGUGAAUGAGGGAGAAUUUGAUUUCUCCAUGUGGCACAAAGCUUACUAUGCCACAAAGAUGAACAUUGAUUAUGACAAUAAGGAAGCGGUGUCAAGAGUGGUACGCUCGUAUGUUGAAGGACUGAUAUGGGUCUUCAAAUACUAUUAUAACCAAUUGGUUUCUUGGAGAUGGUUCUAUCCAUUCCAUUAUGCUCCAAUUGCAACUGAUUUGGUGGAAAUUAGCAAGUAUGCGAGUGAAAUUACAUUUUCUGACCCAGGUAUUCCAUUCCGUCCAUUCGAACAGUUAUUGGGUGUGCUUCCUGAAGGCAGCGCUAAAAUCCUUCCUGAGCCCUUCCGAAAGUUGUAUCUCAAGAGUUCACCUAUUUUUGACUUUUAUCCACAAGAAUUUAUCAUUGACCGCGAGGGUACAAGAUAUGACUAUGAAGGAGUUUCUCUACUUCCAUUUAUUGACGAACAAAGAUUACUAGAGGCUGUAAAGACGAUUGACGAGUCGCUUUUGACUGAUGCUGAGAAAAAGAGAAAUACUUUUGGAAAUAAUUUAUUGUUCACUUAUGACCCAUCUGUUAGCGUGACUUGUGAAACUACCAUUAUCGAUGAGUUACCAAGUGUCAUCAACUCUCACGUGAAAGAACAAGUUAUUGAGUUACCCAAGUAUGAAAAAUUCCUUCCUCAAUUGUGCAAGGGAGUAAAAAUGGGAAAGCACAAUUUGGAAGGAUUCCCAGUGCCUGAAUGUAAGAAGACAAAAGUUGAGGAGAGAGAUGUUGGUAUUGUACUUUUUGGUCAACCAAGUAGAAAGCCCAGCUUAGUCAUUAAUUUGACUCCACAAUAUUCCAAAGAGCAAACCAUGGAUGAGGAUUUCUUGGUUCAGGAAUCCAUUAGAGUCGCUCAACGCUUGAGAAAUUUAAUUGGAAAGAGAGUAUACGUUGGUUAUCCAUAUCCAAGAAUUGGUAUUUUGUCGAGUAUUUCCGAUGAGAGAGCAAGUUAUUAUGAUGAAAAGGGUGAGGGAGAACCUCAUGACGAGAGAGAAAUCGAUCAAUUCAGAAAAGAAUACUCCUACCACAAAAACGUGCUUUUAAGAAGAUAUGGACUCGACGUUGGAAAUGUGAAGGUUUUGGUAUUUAUUAAAUUAUUCAGAGGAAUGAAGAAAGAUAAGUAUGGAAUCAAAAAGUCAUUCCAUAGAGAUGAGUUUUCCUAUCCUGCAUCCUUACUGAUGUCACAUGAGGAAUACCAUCCUACUUUGGAUCAAAAGUUUUUGGAGGUUGGUCCUCAAGCUAUCGAGAAGGAGUAUCCAAUCUCAAGCACUGUGCUGAUUUUGGGAGAGCAAAAUUAUGGAUCUCUUGCCAAAGUAGCAGGCUAUGAAAAGAACCAGCUCAAAUUGACCAUCUCUGAUGCAUACACUGACACAGAAUCAAGACCAGUGUAUCCAAAGGAGAGUAUUGAAAAGUUUGCCUCUGAGCAAUACUAUCCAUUCCAUGUGGCAGCCAAAAAGUUGCAAAUCUCAAAGAAAGCUCUCGGAUUGAUUGUUGGCUCAGUUCGUCUUGAACUUCCAAAUGGUAAACUUACUCACAAUCUUGGUCUUUCAUUAAGAUCAAAGAAGUCAACCAAGAGAGUUGUUGGUUAUUGCAAGUGUGACUUCAAUGAACAAAAUCUCGAUGAGGGUUACUUCCUCAAUUUUGAAACGGGAGCCAAUCUAUUUAGUAAGCCUUCGUCAAGCAAAUUCUCUGUGAGUGGAACAUUUGGAGAUUGGGAACUCUCUGAUAAGGCACUCACUCUUAUUGGCAACUUUGCUCAACAAUUCCCUGAUUUCGUAGAAAAGCUUGGCAUGGAUAUUCCUUUCACAUGUGAAAACUUUUUCCCUUGCAGUAACACUUUGAAAGACAGUGAAAGAGACAAGUACUACCAAGAAAAGGUGUCAGAAAUUAUCAAGUGGAUUGCAGAUCAAGAAUAUCAUAGUUUACCAUUUAUUGACAUUGAAAAGGAUGUUCUACCAGUCUCUGUCAUGAGAGAAAUUGAACAGGCAGCCAUUGAAUUCAGUAAGCAGAAGCAACCAUCUAAUGUGGCUCAAUCCAUAAUUAUUGAUCCAUUGCUUGUUCACAAGCCAGAAGAUCCUUGUCCAAACCUGUUCUAUGUUGCAGAUUUUGCAUUGGGAAAUCGAGUAUUGCACAUGAGUGGCUCAGGAUCUGCUCCAUUUGGAACCAAGGGUAUCCUUGUCGGUAUUGAUGGAGACAAUGGACAAGUGAUCUUUGAUGAGGAGUUUGUUGGAGGGUCAACCUUUGGAUCUCGUUUGCAAACAAGCAGAGGAGGAAUUGUGAGCUUGAAAACUCUUGCAAACUUGGAUCAUAAGAAGUAUGUGAAAAUUUGGGAUGAAGGUAACAAGCAACGUUCAUUUGAUUCAAAGCCCAAGAUGGAAUAUACCAAACAACACUACUUCACCACCUCCAACUACAAUUAUGACAUGCCAAAAUUGAGCUCAAACACACCAACAGGUAGCAAUGGCAACUUUGAAAAGGGUCAAAACCAGCAAAAGACAAAGCAACCCUUCAACAAACAAGGUGGAGCAUCAGCUAGCAACAGCAAUAACAACAAGAAGGGCAACCAAGGAGGUAAUAACUUUAAGAUUUUGAAGGAGGUUAAUAACGUUGAUCAGCAAGUCGCUCAAUUCCAACAAAAGCAAAAACAAGACAGACCACCCAGACCUCAUCACGAGAAGAGACAACCACAACAGCAACAACCACAGAUCGAUCAGAAAUAUUUCGGUGGUAGUGGCCGAGUGCUAGGCUCCUCCUCAUCAGGAACCCCCUCAAAUAUGAGCACUGCCCCAGUUUCAUCACCGCCUUCUUCACAAACAAGAGACAAUUCAACAAUUUCACCAGCGACCUCAGAUAAUGUGAAUUUGGCCUCAGAUGACUUUAAUCCUUCUGCAAUCUUUAAGAGUGCCAGAGAAAAACACAGACAAAACAGAAACCAACAGAGACCAGAGGACUAUCUUUCAAAAUUGAAGCAAGAUUUUAAUCAACAAAAGUAA